CCAGCCGCUAGUGGUUGGGUAACAGGGCACGUGACGUCACCGGGCGGGCGGAGUUGGUAUGGAGUUGCUGUCCGGGUUGCUGUCAGCUCUCCGCGGGGGAUCCAAGGGACGUACCCGGGUCAUGGAGGAGCGCGCCCUGGAAGUGUAUGAUAUAAUCCGGAGUAUUCGGGAUCCGGAGAAGCCGAGCACAUUAGAAGACCUGGAGGUUGUGUCCGAGAGCUGUGUGACCGUAGAGGAUCUGGAUGAGGAAUGCUUCCUGGUGAUCAUCAGGUUCACACCCACCGUCCCCCACUGCUCCCUGGCCACGCUUAUCGGUCUUUGCUUAAGAGUCAAGCUGCAGAGGUGUUUAUCCUUCAAGCACAAGCUGGAGAUUUAUAUUUCCGAAGGGACGCACUCAACGGAGGAGGAUAUUAAUAAACAGAUAAACGAUAAGGAACGAGUGUCUGCAGCCAUGGAGAACCCAAAUCUACGAGAGAUAGUGGAGCAGUGCGUUACAGAACCGGAUUAGUUGGAGGUGCGCACAUUGUGGAGUAUAUGAAGAUCUGAAACAGGGGACACGGACAAUGCCAUCCCUUCAUGGAGACGAUACUACUGGAUGUGCAAUAUAUGGGCUAUACAAAUUGAUUUGCUCACUCAUGGAGUGCUGGGCUCUGGGAUGUCAUGUUCUCAUGGAUUGCUGAAGCCACCAUACAUGGACUAGUAUAUGGUGUGCUUACCUAAUAAAGCGGGAAGGAUGUCAGGAGUGCUAAUUAUGUUCAGAAGUCCUGAAUAAAUCUGUUUUACAUGA